AUGAGACAUGCCAUUUGGCUUGCCGCCCUAACCACUACGCUUCUUGCUGCUCCUACCCAGACCAAGAGGGAUUCAACAGAGUGGACACCGACGUUAGCGGGCUACUUCGAUGUCGUCUACAGCUAUAUCGAGGAAGCAAAGGCGGCCGGAGCAUCUCCACCAUCAUGUGAUCUUUCCAAAGCCGCGAUGCCUGUCGCCUCGACACCUCUUCCCACCCCUGAUGGCUUGAGCUUGGUACAUGUCGCUGUCGGACGUGGUGUGCAGAACUAUACGUGCGCCAACGCCACUGCUACCCCUGCCGCAGUGGGAGCCGUUGCCAAAUUUUACAAUGCUUCCUGUGUGGCCGCCGACUAUCCUGACCUGUUGGGCCUCAUUCCCACUGUUGCAUUGUCGUACCGUGUCCCGUCCGCGGCCGAUGCGCCGCUUGAGCCAUCCGAUCUCAGCCUAUCGAGUCACCAUUUCUUCUCCAACACGAGCACUCCGGUCUUUGCAUUCGAUGUUUCCACAGGACCGCAACUUGGCAGAGUAUCGGCAGAGAAAGUGAAGGAUUCUGCCGCCCCCUCUAACGCUCCCGCGGGUGUGAAUGGGCAAGGCAACGGCGCCGUGCCAUGGCUCUAUCUCACCUCUCGGCCUGACACGGUGGGCAACAUAAAGGCUGUUUACCGACUGAGCACAGCCGGAGGCAGUCCACCUGCAUCGUGUGCAAAUCAGGCUUCUGCAUUCAGCGUGGACUAUUCCGCUAUAUACUGGUUCUGGGAGUAG